AGACGUCCAUAUAAGAGUGACGGCAUCCACAAGAACUGGUCCACAGAGAUACAGACCGACGCUUGAAGCCCGGACCCCGCAACUUGUCUGCUCUCAAGUACCAGCGCACACAGAAGAAUGAAGCACGUAUGUGUGGUUCUGAUCUGCUUCCUGGCCGCUCUGUUAGCUUUCUCGCCUCUGCGAGUCUCAGCUGUACCUCCUCCCCAGUGCAGCCCAAGAGUACGCAAGGUUUGCGCUGCACUCUCAACGUUCUACGAACUCUCUAAUGCAAUGGAAGCCUACUUAGACGACAAAGUAGCGCGCGACAGCAGUAAUCCCCUGGUGGACGCCGGGGUGAAACGACAGGACGUCGAUCACGUGUUCCUCAGGUUUGGUCGGAGACGCUAAGAUGCUGGGAUCUCUUUUGUGAAGACUGCAUCGUGGAAGUGAACUCCGUGUUUCGCCUCUCCUCACCUACGUCAUCCUAAUUGUUAUUUCUACUUAUUACGGCCACAAAUACUUGAUUUAAACAUAUUUAUAUGGGAAAAUAAGUACGCUUUACGUUCCUAUUAUUUAUCUUAUAUUUAGACAAUGUUAUGUUUUGCCUACUGUCUCAUAAAAAUAUGAAUGAAAUUAUCAUUAAUAUUGUUAUUAUAAUUAUUUUGUGACUGUUAAAUAAAAUGUGCACGUGUUCAUAUUUAAA